UUUCCUUCAAAAGACUCUAGACCACUUCUUCAUUUUCUCAACUUCUUUCCCUACAAAAUCUCGCCCUUCACUGGAUUCUAUCUCUCUUUGUAUCAGUUUUCUGCUUCAAUUUUUCUCUUUUGUAUUGUUUUGUUUCUGGGAUUUUUGCGGGGAUAAAGUGAGAAAAUAUGAGAGCACCAAACAUGGCGACGAUCACUGAAUCUUUAGAGAGGUCUCUUCAGAAUUGUUCACUGAAUAACCACCAAAGAAGAAGCAGCAGCGUUCAUGAAGGCUCAAGCGAAGAAGGAAUAGGAAGCUCAUCAAGAUCAGAUGAAAACAAUCUUCAAAAUUCUGAUUCAACUUUAGAGCUUAACUCACAUCUUUCCCUUCCUUACCACUGGGAACAAUGUCUUGAUUUAAAGACAGGAGAAGUUUACUACAUAAACUGGAGGAACGGGAUGAGAGCAAAAGAAGAUCCAAGAACAACAGCGGAAUACAGUGGAGAAUACUAUUCGGAGGAAGACGAUAGCUCCUGUGACAGCGAAGAGUCAUCGUCGGAGUCAUCUCCGUCAUCAUCAAGAGACCAUAAUCGAGGAGGAGAGAAAGACAACGUUUUGGUGGUGGCUGGUUGCAAGAGUUGUCUUAUGUAUUUCAUGGUCCCAAAGCAAGUUGAAGAGUGCCCCAAAUGCAAUGGUCGACUACUCCACUUUGAUCGAUCCGAAAAUGCAUCUCUUUGAACCAGAUCAAUUUUUUUUUUCGGCUCUUUUCAUUUAUCUUUUCUUAUUUUUUUGUCCCUGGUUUUUGUUUCUGAUUAGAAACUUUUUCCUUUUUUACUGCCUGGAAGAAUUUUCUGUGUGAAGAUCAAGAAAUGCUGAGACAAAUAUGAGUUACUAGUUUACUGUUAUA